GUUUGCUCUCCUCUGGCGCGGCCUGAGCCGCUCCCUGGGGCUCCCUUCCCCGCCCCAGACCUCAGCGUGGCUCCCCGAGAGGACCCGGAGGAGCACAGGUGGCUUUCUAGAGGAUGACCAUAGAAGACCUUCCAGAUCUUUCCUCAGAAGGAAGUUCUUUGAUUGGAAGAUACCCAUUUUUAUUUUCAAGUUCAGAAACCCCAGUUAUCUUUUCUGUUUCUGCAGCACCAAUGCCUUCAGACUGUGAGUUUUCUUUUUUUGAUCCCAAUGAUGCAUCAUGUCAAGAAAUCCUUUUUGAUCCUAAAACAUCAGUAUCUGAAUUAUUUGCCAUUUUAAGACAAUGGGUUCCCCAAGUCCAACAGAACAUUGACAUUAUUGGGAAUGAGAUUAUCAAAAGAGGUUGUAAUGUAAAUGAUAGAGAUGGACUAACUGAUAUGACUCUUCUCCAUUAUACCUGCAAAUCUGGAGCUACUGGUAUCGGCGAUGUUGAAACAGCUGUAAAAUUUGCCUCUUACCUGAUUGAAUUGGGGGCGGAUGUCAGUUUGAGAAGUCGCUGGACAAACAUGAAUGCUUUACAUUAUGCUGCUUACUUUGAUGUCCCAGAACUUAUAAAUCUGAUUUUGAAGGCAUCAAAACCAAAAGAUGUGGAUGCUACAUGCAGCGACUUUUCUUUUGGAACACCUCUGCAUAUCGCAGCGUUUAACUUGUGCACAGGGGCUGUGAAGUGUUUACUGGAACAUGGAGCAAAUCCUGCCUUUAGGGGUAGCUCUGUGAAAGUAAUGACAGACUGGCCAUUUUGGUUUAGAGUCCUCAAGGUCUAA